AAAACUAAAAAACUCAAUUAGCGGGUUGAAAUGUACCCCACUGCUGUAUGUUACUUCCCCAAAGAAGCGUCGUAUGUGGAGUGUUUUUAGCGUUUGUGGUGGGUGGAUUUGUUGGAGAGCUGCUUAAACUGGAGUUACGGGAAGCGAAGGAGAUUUUCUCGGCCCUGGUUUUCAUGAUCGGGUCGCUUACAACUUACUAAAGUUCGCAGAUAUACUUCAGUUUCUCUCUUUUUUAACCACUGCUCGGUUUCAGUUACUCUGUAAGAUCCAGAGGAACAGGCCUCACACAGAUGGGAAGAGUCUGUAAGAAGCACCUUGAAGGUGCACCCAAUCAUUGGACUAUUAGUUUCACAUAAUCCACUUGUCCAGACAGACUAUCCAGUGUGGAUGAUAAUAAAGGCGUAAAGUCUUUGGAUAAAACCCUUUUUUCUUCGACUCUUGCCCCUCAUAAAAAUAUUGGUUUAAAGAACCUUUGUGAGCAGUCAUUAUCAUUUUUGUGACACCAGAACUUUACCAUCAAAAUGAGUGCAGAAGGAUAUCAGUACAGAGCGCUGUAUGACUACAAGAAAGAAAGGGAGGAGGAUAUUAACCUGCAUGUUGGGGACAUUCUUACAGUCAACAAGGGUGCACUACUUGCAGUUGGCUACGUAGAAGGCAUAGAGGAGAGACCAGAAGAAAUUGGAUGGCUCCCUGGCUUUAAUGAAACCACUCAAGAAAAGGGGGACUUUCCUGGUACGUACGUGGAGUUCAUCGGCAAGAAAAAGAUUUCUCCACCAACUCCCAAACCAAGGCCCCCAAGGCCUCUACCUGUGGCUCCGGGGACUGCAAGGCCAGACUCAGACUCUGAGCAAAGCUCAAGCACUCUGUUAGACCUGACUGAGCAGUUUACUCCUCCAGAGAUGGCACCACUUGUACUCCUCGAGCUCCUUGAGGCCAUCGAAAGGAAAGGUCUAAACAACCCUACUCUCUAUAGAAAUUUCACUGCUGGAGGAGGGCUGGAUGUCAGACAAUGCUUUGAUAAUUACCCUGCCUUGGCGGAUCUUGAGCAGAUGGACCUUCAGAUGUUGUGUGAUGGUCUGAGGAGGUAUCUUCAAGAUCUACCUCAGCCUCUCAUCCCCUCUAUGAUUUACACUGAGAUGAUGCGCAUCGCUCAAGAAGUGCAGGGUGCAGACGAAUGCGCACAUCACCUGCGGCUGGUGGCCAGCUCUUCUGCACUUCCCCCGCAGUACUGGCUGACCCUGCAGAGUUUGCUGCGCCACUUCUCCCGUAUAUGCCAGGCCUCAGCAUCUAACCUGCUCAGUGCUCGUGCCCUCGCUGAGAUCUUCAGUCCGGCACUCUUCAGACAUCAGCCCACCAGUUGUGAGCCCAGCCCAGAGGCACACAUCAGGAUAGUUGAAGUCUUGGUGACCAGUGAAUGGAAUGACAGUCAGGUAGCUCCAGCACUACCUCCCAAGCCACCCAAACCAACGUCUGUCACUAACAACGGUAUGAACAACAACAUGGCUCUGCAAGAUGCUGAAUGGUACUGGGGGGACAUCUCCAGGGAGGAGGUCAACGAAAAGCUUAGGGACACUGCUGAUGGUACUUUUUUGGUUCGAGAUGCCUCCACUAAAAUGCAUGGGGAUUACACGCUCACACUGAGGAAGGGAGGCAACAACAAGCUAAUCAAAAUCUUCCACCGGGAUGGGAAGUACGGCUUCUCAGACCCCCUGACUUUCAACUCUGUGGUUGAGUUGAUCAACCACUAUCGGCACGAGUCUCUUGCCCAGUACAACCCCAAACUAGAUGUGAAACUACUGUAUCCUGUAUCUAAGCACCAACAGGAUCAAGUGGUAAAGGAGGAUAACAUUGAAGCUGUUGGGAAAAAGUUGCACGAAUACCACCAGCAGUUCCAAGAAAAGAACAAAGAGUAUGACAGACUCUAUGAGGAAUACACUCGAACAUCACAGGAAAUACAAAUGAAAAGGACUGCUAUUGAAGCUUUUAAUGAGACCAUAAAAAUAUUUGAAGAGCAGUGCCAGACACAAGAACGAUACAGCAAAGAAUAUAUUGAGAAGUUUAGAAGAGAAGGCAACGAGAAGGAAAUCCAAAGGAUCAUGGUCAACUAUGAGAAGUUAAAAUCGCGCAUCAGUGAAAUUGUGGAUAGCAAACGACGUCUCGAGGAGGAUCUGAAGAAGCAGGCGGCGGACUACAGAGAGAUUGACAAGCGGAUGAACAGCAUUAAGCCUGAUCUCAUCCAGCUCAGAAAGACCAGGGAUCAGUACCUCAUGUGGUUGACACAGAAAGGGGUCAGACAGAAGAAACUCAAUGAAUGGUUGGGAAUCAAAAACGAAAACCAGGACGAUCAGUACUCAAUGGUGGAUGACGAUGAGGAUUUGCCACACCAUGAUGAACGCGCCUGGAAGCUGGGUAACAUUAACCGCAACCAGGCUGAGGCUCUUCUGCGGGGCAAGAGAGAUGGAACAUUCCUGGUCAGGGACAGCAGCAAACCUGGAUGUUACGCCUGCAGUGUUGUUGUGGAUGGUGAGGUCAAGCACUGCGUCAUCAACAAGACACCAACAGGAUUUGGCUUCGCUGAGCCCUACAACCUUUACAGCUCUCUAAAAGAACUGGUCUUGCACUACCAGCACACAUCCCUGGUUCAGCACAAUGACUCUUUGAAUGUCACGUUAGCAUACCCAGUCUAUGCACACCAGAGGCGAUGAGGACUUGUGAACACACCCUUGGGACUCGUUAAUAACACGGGAAUUGAGGAAGGGCCUCCCCUUCAAAUGGAGAUGCCUCCAGUAAGGCUGCUACCGAGGGCUGCUUUUUGCCUUGAAACGGCUUGUCAGAAAGACAAGAAAGCAAAACCCAAAACGAACAUUUCAGCCACUGAGACUUUUUGCCAGUCUGAAUGUAGUUUUAAACUCACUCUCCCAAAAUGGAGGACUUCGGAGGCCUUUUCCAAAUGGUGCUUGUUCAUUUCAAAGCUUUACCCGCUGCUGGAAUGUGGAACAUUGAUUAAACCUCUGGAGUGAAAUUUUUUUUUUUUACCUCUUCUACACCCUUACCUGCACAGUUCAGGUCCCCUUUUGUGUGUAUGUGUGUGUUUGCGUGUGUACGAGAGAAUGUGAUGUGACCAAAACUCACAGUAUCUGAAAGCUAUCGGGAUGUUCAACAUGUUGGUGUUAAACUUUCACGAACAGACCAUGGAAUCAGCUGAUCAAAUGUAGCAAGAUGGCACUUUCGAAACAGUAUCUACUAGUUUUCCUGUAAGAGACUUCUACUCAACCUUUGAUAUGACACGUCUCGCCUGUAACAGCGUGACGAGAAGCGAAUGAGAUGCUUGGCAUUUCCUUUGCAAGCAUUAUAGUGACGGACUCUAAAUCCAUUUCUGCUUUUAUGGAUUGGCAUGAAAGGAAUUUUACGCUGUACAUACAUCAAAAGCUACAUGACGACACCAUAUUGUACCAAAAAACGCAGUUCUUUCUCAGUUGUAUUCUAAUCUGCUAUGCAAAUUCUGUAUUUUCCGUCUUCUCUGCAGAGUUGUGAUUUUAUUUUACAUGUUGCUACCCAUAAUAUAAACUUGUUUUUAUUGCUUAAA